UCCUUACGAGCUUACUCCCAGAGAUGAUAGAGGCAAGGGCUAUUGAAGUCGCCAUUAUUGGAGGUGGAAUCACGGGGCUUACCCUGGCACUGGGUUUACAAAAGAGAAAUACUAAUUUUCACAUCUAUGAGCGAGCCCAAAGUCUUCGCGAAAUAGGUGCUGGAAUUGGCUUCACUCCUAAUGCCGAACGAGCAAUGCUGGCCCUAGACCCACGCAUCCAUGAAGCAUUCAAAAGUGUUGCAUCUAAAAAUGCGUCGGAUUGGUUCCAGUGGGUGGAUGGCUUCAGUGGUGUUAAUAACGAUAAAGACACGGUGAAGGAAGAUCUCCUAUUCAAUAUGUAUCUAGGCGAACGUGGAUUUGAGGGUUGCCACCGCGCACAGUUCCUGAAGGAGCUAGUUAACCAUCUGCCUCAAGGCUGUGUCACCUUUGGAGCAUGCCUCGACACUAUAAUCGAUCAAGGAGAAAAUGAAAGGAUUCUAUUGAAAUUCCACAAUGGUACAAUCGCUGAGGCUGAUUUAGUCAUCGGUUGUGACGGCAUACGCUCUCGCGUUCGACAGCUGAUCUUGGGAGAAAAUAACCCUGCAUCAUACCCUGCAUAUACGCAUAAAAAGGCUUACCGCGGUCUAAUUCCCAUGGAAAAAGCCUUGCCAGCACUUGGGGAGUCCAAAGUUAAUACACGGCUUAUGCAUCUCGGACCCGAUGCCCAUACGUUGACGUUUCCAGUUGCUGGUGGAAAGUUGAUGAAUGUGGUGGCCUUCGUAACCGACCCUGGUGAGUGGCCAUAUACUGAGAAACUAUCUGCACCCGCGGAAAAGAAGAGUGCAAUAGAGGGUUUCUCGAAAUUUGGUGGCGCGGUGCGGACAAUUAUGAAUCUACUUCCGGAAGACCUGGAUGAAUGGGCCAUAUUCGACACAUAUGACCAUCCUGCAUCCACAUACUACCAUGGCCGUAUUUGCAUUGCUGGGGAUGCUGCGCAUGCAUCCUCUCCACAUCAUGGUGCAGGUGCUGGAGCUGGCAUUGAAGACGUCACCGUGCUAGCAACUGUCAUUGAGGUUGCACAAACCACUUUGUUAGAGUCACCAGACAAGUCUCGCUCAGGAGUAUUGAAUGCGGCGCUGGCUACCUACAAUGCAGUAAGGCUAGAGAGGUCUCAAUGGCUUGUCGAAAGUAGUCGCAUACUCGGCGAAAUAUACGAGUGGCAGUACAAGCCCACUGGUCGUGACAAGAAAAAGUGUGAGGAAGAAGUGUAUUGGAGAUCACAUAAAAUCUGGGAUUACGACAUCGGUCAAAUGUUACAGGAAACAACUGAGUAUUACAAACAAAGAGUCGGAGCUUGA